UCUGAUGAAUUAUUGGAAAAUGCAUUGCUGCCUUUCACUCUUUUUCGCCGCACACGGUCAUCCACCGUCAUAGAGCGCCGCUGCGUUUCUGUGAUUGAACGGCUGAAAAAGUAAUUCAGGAAUUUAGAACGUCAGGACUACAAACAUUAGGGCUUUAUUUCUGGCGGCUACAGUCAGUCUGUGUUUUCUGGAGAAAUAGCACUCGAAAUGACUUCUUCGCCGUACCUCAAACUGUGCAUCUAAUUGGCUUAUGAAUUCCAGCGGGGAUUGGGGCUCGGUUAUUUGUUUAACAUGUCAGACAGUGAAUUAAUGUAAACAUAGAAUGACAUGCCCUCUAUAAAACAAUGCAUACUACAUAGACACAUUAAAAAAAAAAAAUCUGUAGCCUAAAAUGUUGAAGUAACACAACGUGCCCAUGUUCAGUAAAGGAGGACUGCAGUUUAGUUUACUCAGUAGUUUUCUACAUUACCAACAAAUACUUGUCCAACCUCAAUGCGCAAUUCAAAAAGACCACGUCAAGAUGCUUUUCAUCUCCUCUUGGGUGAUAUUAACCGCGCUAAAGUGAGAUUUCGCGUGAAUAUGACCGGCAUGCCACCUGGUGGUUCGUCAUUGACACAUUAACCAAUCACAGUAAUGCAUUGGGAGAGGAGCUUCCUCUCGCGCGCACCGGGAGAUUCCAUCAGUCUGGUAAUUAGUGCUCGGUAGCGGAACGGGGGUUCUGACCGACCCAAUAACCUGACCGACCAUAGAGCAGCACAAGGACAAACCAGUCCAUUGCUGCAUAAUUCAUACAAAAUCUGUUACUGUAACCAGCUUGGAGGGACAGUUUGCGCAUGGACUGGAACUGGCGAACGCGAGAAAACUGCUUUGACAGUACAUUUCCCCUUUGUAGAAUCUUCGCUCUUGGAUAAGUCGACUCCAACACUUUCUACGGGCUCCCAAGGCAUCAUGACUCAUUGCGAGGACCUGUUCUCACAGUUACAGCAUGCAGACACAGACCUGUGCUCUGCUAAGAGGUGACUUUGAUACUCUCCACCUCCCUGCACCUGAUGAAUAUGCAAGGAUCUCAUGAUGAAUGCAAACAGCACAGAACCUGGCUCAUACCUUGCUCCAAGCAUAGACGAAGCAGCCAUUUACUCUGAGAUCACCUCCUGGACAGAGGUUCCGGGUAGAGAUGACAACAUCUCCUCCCCACUCCUGCACUCAUUUUCCAACCUGACUGCCCUGUUUUUGGCUAAUGGAAGUAGCAGUAAGGCGCCAGACCAACAGUAUGAGCCUCUUGGGGGUCAUACCAUCUGGCAGGUCAUUCUCAUCGUGUUCUUCACCGGCCUACUCUCCCUAAUGACCAUCAUUGGGAACAUCCUCGUCCUUGUGUCCUUUAAGGUCAACCGACAGCUCAAGACUGUGAACAACUACUUCCUGCUCAGUCUGGCUUUUGCAGACCUCAUCAUUGGUGUGAUCUCGAUGAACCUAUACACCACCUACAUAGUCAUGGGCCACUGGGCAAUGGGGCCAUGGGCGUGUGACUUGUGGCUAGCCAUCGACUACGUGGCCAGCAAUGCAUCGGUGAUGAACCUACUGGUCAUAAGUUUUGACCGCUACUUUUCCAUCACUAGGCCACUGACCUACCGCGCCAAGAGAACCACCAAACGAGCAGCGGUCAUGAUUGCUCUGGCAUGGUUAGUGUCCCUGGUGCUCUGGGCCCCGGCCAUACUGUUCUGGCAGUACUUUGUCGGGGAACGGACAGUUCCAUCAGAUAAGUGCUACAUACAGUUCUUGACAGAGCCGAUUAUAACCUUCUGCACUGCCGUGGCAGCUUUCUACCUGCCAGUGACGAUCAUGAGCAUCCUGUACUGGAGGAUUUAUAAGGAGACAGAGAAUCGAUCCAGGGAGCUGGCCAUACUCCAGGGUUCAAGCGCGAGGUUUGGCACCGAGAGGCCGCACUUCCACCUCCACCCCACUGGGGGGAGCUCCAGGAGCUGCAGCAGCUUUGAGCUGGCCCGGCCCGUGCCGAGACACAGCUCCAUGCUGGGCCUCUCGGGGCGCUUCCACUGCUGGUCGUGGAGGCCCGGCCGCGGGCCCAGAGGGCGAGGCCACGGCGAGGGAGAACAGGACCACAGCAGCAGUGACAGCUGGAACAACAACGACGCCGGGAUCUCGGCCGACCAUUCGGGCUCGUCGGACGAGGACGACAGCAGCGUGCCCACCACACGCGCCAUCUUCUCCAUCGUGCUGAACCUGCCGGGCAUGAGGGCUGCCGUCAACUCUCAGGUGACCUCCUGCGAGGACCUCGAUGCCGCGUCUGAAGAAGAUCCGCUUCGGAUUGGGGAGGAGGAGGCCGAAGAGACGGAUAGUGUCUCUCCGACAGUCAACAACGGCAGCGGCAGGGACAGCUACCACCAGCGCUUCACCUCCAAGAUUCCGAAAGUCCAGUCUAUGCCUGCCAUACAGUCUUCAUCCGCGAAAUCAGAACCCACGGCCAACACCAGGGCCACCAAAUCACCCUCCGUGCCCAUCUCGUUCAAAGAAGCGGCUCUCGCACGGCGCUUUGCGGUGCGAGCGCGAAGCCAGAUCACCAAGCGCAAGCGCAUGUCUCUGGUGAAGGAGAAGAAAGCCGCUCAAACCCUGAGCGCCAUCUUGUUUGCAUUCAUCGUCACAUGGACUCCCUACAACAUCAUGGUAUUGGUCAACACCUUCUGCCAAGACUGCAUUCCACAGUCCCUGUGGGAUAUAGGCUACUGGCUGUGCUACGUCAACAGCACAGUGAACCCCAUGUGCUACGCCCUCUGCAACAAGACCUUCCGCACCACCUUUAAAAUGAUCCUGAUGUGUCGCUUGGACAAGAGAAGGCGUGAAGGGAAACAGCCACUGCAGCAGAAACAGACGGUCAGAUUCCACAGAAGGUUACCCAGGGACUCCACAUAGACUUGUGAAUGCUGAACAUACAUACAACAGCUGCUCUGUAGGAUUAAUCUGAAUGUGGAUUAACAUACUGUAUAUUUGCUAGUUCAGGGCUGUGGCCUUUAUGGAUGAACAGAACAAAUGUUUUUGGAGCCUGUGACCUGUUCUCCUUUGUCGUGCAAAUUUGAGGCCAGAAAUGACUGUUGCUAAACGGAAAUACCAAGAGAACACGAAAGGGCUUUUGACACUGUAGAGGAAAAUCUGCUUGCUGUCUCUACCUGAAAGGAUUACCAGAUUUCAAUUUGGUGGGGAUUAUUCCCCCCCCCCCCAUCAAAUUUUCAGCCAAGUCUUACGAAAGUGUUACUUUUUAUGUCAAGCUCCUAAAAUAUUGGUUUGAGUAGAAGUAGGUUUACUGCUCCGAGAGCUGGACAUUAAUACCACUGAACAUAACAAGUCACAAACUCUUUUUCGGCUCAUGUUAAAAUGGCUAGAUGAAGCCAUGACACUUUCCCAUGAGUUUCAAGUGUUUUAAGGAAAAACUGCAAGGAACUGUGUGAAUUGUCACUACCAGUCUUUUCUGUGGACCGAUUGAAAAAAUACUUCAAAAUGUAAUGGGUAAAUAUAAUGUGUUUUGUGCAUCUCAAGCCAUGUUAGAGCAGUUUACGGUUUUCUGUUGGUUUGGAUAAAUCUUUGAAUUUUGACAGUACUCUGUACAAGCUGCUCCUGUGUUCUGUGUGUUUUGCUGUUUACAUGGUUUGAGGCAAAUACAUUUAGUAUUUCAGUAAUUGUUUAUGUAUCAGAAAAUUGUGUGGAUAUUGCUGGUAUUUGUACAUUUUGGGUGAUCUGUAUUUGAUAAAUGGGAUAGAUUAUACAUUGACUAUGAAGUGUACUCCCUUGUUUGGGAACUAAGUGUUUUUGAACAUAAUAAUGAUGAUGAUUAUUGGGCACAUUCAAUCAAAUUCAUGCCAACUAUUACUUUCUAACAAUGGUACUGGUAGCUAGCUGCCAUGACAGAAUCCCACCAUAUUUUAAAUUAUGAAGAUAUUGUUUUUAGGUUAUGUUUUAAUUUAUUUGACCAUAAAGCACAUCUUACAACUCCCAAAUUAUGAAUUUUGAGCUGAAACUUGUAGGAGGUAUUGUAUUAAAGAUCUUGGUAGCCUGAUAUCGUCAUUCAUAACUCUAAUGAUUGUUCUAAGAAACUCCCAUCACAAAUAUUUUCUGAAAUGUACAUUAUUUUGACAUGGUUCAGUGAAUUGAUAGUGUAUGGCUCCCACAUUAACCCAGGAUUACAGUUCUUCAUUGUCUUACAUAUUUGAUUUUAAAUGCAUCUAUAUAUCAUUCCAAACUGAUACCCAUCCAAGUAGAAUGAAUUGAGUUUGGUUGGAUUAACCAAGGAAUCUGUAAUCUCUCUAGCCAACUCACCCAUGUUUCUGAAGAGCAACAGUGCCCUCUGCUGCACAGAAAUGUCCCUGCAAUUCAGUACGUGUUUUUUAUGGUUUCUCAAAUUAGGACGACACACAGUGGCAGGAGAAGAAGACUUAGGGACUGAAGUAGUCCAUGCCUUAUCGACAAGUCAGUAUAAGACAAUUGAUUCAGCCUUACUUAGUGAUAGAGUGAAUGCCUUAGACUCUGAGUCAACAGCUCUAGUGAAUGUCAAUUUCAGUGUACAGAUGAGGCUGUGAAUCCAUACCAAAGUGUUACAUUUAGUCAUUUUAGCAGACGCUUUUAUCCAAAGCGACUUACAUAUGUGCGACUUACAAUGUAUACACAUUUUACAUUUACACUGAUGGCACACUGCACAUCAGGAGCAAUUAGGGGUUCAGUGUCUUGCUCAAGGACGCUUCGACAGGGAAUCGAACUAGCAACCUUCUGAUUACUAAACAACUUCAGUAUGAGUACACGUGUUUGCCCUGAUGACUGUAUUACUUGAUUCAGCCACUGGUUUCUACUUAAUUGGUUAAAAAUGUAGAUGUUUCAUCCUGUUUCCCUCUUGGCUCAAGUAAAUAUAAACAUUUCUGACAACAGAGAAAGACCAGAGACUAAUCCAACAUUUGUUAAAACAUGGAAUAUAACUGGUUAAUGUUGUUGGUGUGGUCCAAUUCAUGUUUAUUAUGGGACUGAUGUGCAUUUAUUAACAAGUAUUUCUGAAUGUUUACAGAAUAUCAUUUUGUGACAGUUUGUGAAGUGUAUGUAUUGAAAUGCAGCUCCGAUGCCAAGCAUUCCUAUCCAGCAGUCUUUCCUUUUUGAAAAUAAAUGUCACAUUUUUAA